AUGCAGCGUAUUUUACCCAGUGUCGCUCCCUCUGCAAAAGAAAGAAGUGACCUUUAUUCAGUAUGUCUCGCUAAUAUUCAUGAGGCCGAGACUUGGUUACCAGAAUGGUUUAUGUUAAGUGGCAACCCUACCGCUCAUCCUGAAUUCCAAGACAUUUGUCGCGAUAACGUAGCUGAAUGGUUAUCUUGGGCAUUUUUUGGUUCAGCAUUAGAAGAUGUUUUACAAGAUGAAGCUGCUACUGAAGAAUUAAACUAUAUGAUUGACAACUUUGAACAAGAGUUCCAUAUUCAAUUUGAUAUUGGAUAUAACGAAGAUAUCAUUGCCUAUCGUAUCAAUUUGGAUCCUGUUCACGCUUAUCAUCGACCUCUUGCUUUUUAUGCCUUGGUCAUGUUUGGCACAACCUUAUUUGGAUGUGCCAUGCAAUUUAUUUGGGGAAUGACAAAAUUUGGCCCUGAAACUAAAUCUACUGUUUGGAAUUUAUUGGACCCUCAGCAAACUUACGAACCUUUCUUCAAGACAAAUCCCGAAGACGGCCCCGAGAAAGUUUCCUACUGGUUUCGUGAUGGUGAUCGCACAAAGAAGCCUAUUGUAUUUAUCCAUGGUAUUGGCGCUGGUUUAAUGUGCUACGUCUCUUUCCUCCCCAAAUUAUUUGCAUUGGACACACCAAUUUUCUGUAUCGAGUUACCCUUUGUAUCCAUGCACUGUAUCGAGGAUGUUCCAACCAUGCAGGAGACCAUUCGAGAUUUACAAAAAAUGUUGCAGCGUCAUGAAUUUGAUGACGCUGUAUUUGUAUCACAUUCAUUAGGAACUGCUGUUACUUCUUGGGUAGUUAAAUACAUGUCAAAAAGUGUCGCAGGUGUUAUGCCUAUUAAUACCAAGGUUUUCUUGUCUGAAAACGAUAAUAUUGUUGACUCGAUGCGUGUAGAUACUUACUUAAAUCAUCAUGGCAUUGAUACUGUCCUUAUGAGAGGCCUCGACCAUGCCUCAUUUCUCUUCUUUCCCACUUGGCAGAAAGAAAUCUUGGCUACUAUCAAUCAAUUUGUUAGCCAACAAGCCUAA